CCCCACGAAUCGACAGGCCUAAGCCCUUUUCAAUUAAGGACCAGUAGCGUGGCCUGCGUUUCAAUACCAAGCCUCCCGGACGAAUCUUUGCUGAACCAACGGCCCACCAGUGCCACGAUUCGAGACAAGGCCAAGCGACACAUGGAAUUGAUGGAAAGGUCCCUGCCUCGAUUAGCCCGGAAACGACAGAAAAUGACCGAGUUGGCCCACGGCCGACAGGUCCGUAGUUACGAGGCCCGGAACGGGAAUGCGGGUCCACGGCUCCAGUACAAAUUAGGGGAUUUGGUGCAGGUGAGGAAAUGUGCACGCCAAGGGCCGGGAAGCAGCCGCAACCUGCCAUCGCAAAGAGGCUAUCUGGACCCGCGGGAAAUCAUCGAUCUCGCCUUUUUCCAAGAUCGAACCGCCUCUGAGGACGAGGAGUUGGCGAUCGAAGAGGAAGAAGAAGAAGAAACCGUUGAGGAGGACGACGAGGAAGAAACCCCGGAGGAAGGCAGUUAUAGUGAGCACAGCGAAGGGGAGCAGAGUGAGGCAGCAGAAGAAGAAGAAGAGGAGGAGCUAGAGUUAGAAGAAUCAGAGUGGGAGAUCUCGGCGGACGAGGCGGAACAAACGGACGCUCAGGCAGAGGACCCCGAGGUGGCGCGCAAAAGAGAGGAGAUCGAGGGCGGAAAGCGACAGCUGGAUUUCGCCAGUGGAACAAAUCUGCAGAUCGCCGAUGAUCCGACCCGAGAUCCGGAGCCGCCCAAGCCCGAAGAUGGAGACCCUGCGGCCGAGACUUAGACCGCACUGACCAGGCGGCGACGAAGUCGAUCCCCCUUUCCCUC